AUGUAAUAAUAAUAAGUAAAAAAUAAAGAUAGAGAAAAAAUUGAGUUGUAUUUUUCAGGUAGAGGAUUAGCUGAUAAGGAUGUAUUAUCUUAAAGCGACCCUUAAUGCUAUAUCUAUCUAAAGGAAGGAUAGGAUGGAUAGGAACGUUUAAUUGGCAAGACCGAAGUUAAAGAUAACAAUCUCAAUCCUGAUUGGAAAGUAUCAUUAUUUAAAUGACUCUAGACAUCAGUUGUAUUGGAUUUUAUAUUUGAAGUCAAUCAGUUUUUAAGGAUUGUUGUCAUGGAUCAUGAUGGGAAGAAUGUUGAAAAUGAUGACAUUAUAGGCUCUUUAAAUGUACAAUUUAAAUAUGAAAUUCAAUUAGACAACUAUUGGAGCAGUUAUGGGAUCCAAAAAUCAAAUAUAUCUAGGAUAACUAACUCAUAAUCAUAAAAAGACAGGCAGAUUAAUUAUUAAAGCUGAUAAUAGAAAGGAAAUUGGAGAAGAGAACUAAAUGAUUUGUUGGUAAUGGAAUGCCACGAAAGUUAAAAAUAUGGAUGGUUGGUUUGGUGUUUCUGAUCCAUUUCUGAGAUUUUUAAAGUGGCAUAAAAAUAGUGAUUGGCUAUUGGUACAUGAAACGGAGUUUAUCAAGAACAAUGAAAAUCCAACAUGGAAACCAUUUGAAAUACCUCAUGAUAAAUUGCAUGAUGAGAAUCCCUAAUAACCAUUUAAAAUUGAACUUUGGGAUAACUAAACAAAUGGAAAACACCAGUUCAUUGGGGCAAUUGAAGUUACAAUUGAAUAAAUAAUCUUUAAGGAAAUUCAUUAAUUUGUAAUUAAAACACCAAAAGGAGUAAAUUACCUUCUCUUAUUAUAUAGGAUCUUGGUGGAAAUUUAGGAGUGAAAUUUAUUGAGAAAAAGGAUUUUGCUCUUUAAAUGGGAGAUUAGCAUACUUUUAUUGAUUAUUUAAAAGGAGGAGAUUAAAUUAAUCUAAUUAUAGCUAUUGAUUUCACAGGUUCUAAUGGAGAACCCUCAAGUCCUCAUUCUUUACAUUAUAAUGACCCUGAACAUUUAAAUUAAUAUCAAAAUGCGUUAAAAUAAGUGGCUGAAAUUUUAUUAAAUUAUGAUUAUGAUAAGAAGGUGCCACUUUAUGGAUUCGGUGGAGUACCAUCACUGCCUAAUUAUAAAAAAACUAGUGUGGAACAAUGGUAAAAUAUAAUUUAUCGAUAGCUUCCCUUUAAAUGGCAAUCAAUCUGACCCUGAAGUAUUUGGAUUGGAUGGCAUUAUGAGCACAUAUUCAAAUGCCCUUAAUCAUAUUAAUUUAAGUGGCCCAACUAUUUUUGGUCCAGUUAUAGAAAAUGCUCUUGAAAUUUCAAAGGCUAAUCUUAAAAAAGAUAUUUAUUCAGUUUUACUUAUAAUGACAGAUGGACAAAUAGAUGAUAUGAAUCAUUGCUUAAAACUGAUUAGAAAAGCAUAUCGAUUACCCUUAUCAAUUAUUAUAGUUGGAGUAGGCAAUGCUAAUUUUAAUAUGAUGGAAUAAUUAGAUGGGGAUGAUGCUUAGCUUGAAAGAGAUCUUGUUUAAUUUGUUCCUUUUAUAAAGCAUUCUCAAUAGCCAGGUGAGCUAGCAAAGGAACUUUUAGCAGAACUACCUGAUUAAUUUUUGAGAUUUAAAAAGUUGAUUGGUAAGAAACCAAAUCCAUCUAAAGAAAUUGAUUUAAGUUAAAUUAAUUGA